AGAUUAGUUUGAAAGCUGCGUCCAAUCGGAGCGGUACGAAUAGAGCCCAGCGAUAGCCACACAUAAAUAUAAAUACAAUAUACAUACAUACACAUGUACGUAUUUAUGAGGGCAAUGCGAAACACGCAUUUCGAAAUGCGAAAUACUGUUUUAGUCAGCUUAUUCUUGGCCAGUUUUUGGUGUACAUUAUGCCUGGCCGGGUACGAGGCUCUCGAUCACUUCCAUAUUGAGGUAUCCCGGGCCAAAUUGCGCGAGGGCGACUCAUACAACGUUACCUGCUGGACGGACAGCCUGUCCGCCCUGAACCAAUUGUGCGGCGCCGGCGGAGUCCAGCGAUUGUAUAUGCAGGUGGGCCGAACAAAUCUAACGGUGAGCAUCCUGAAUGACACGACUAUUUACCACGAGAUGCAAUCGGCUCUGCCCAUGCACGGUCGAGCGUUUGGCUACGAGUGCCUGUGCGACGGAGCAUCGAUAGUCUCCACGUUCUUCCCGGUGGGCGUGCGAUUGCAGGUGGUGGACUUUAGCUGCCGGUUCGAGGACGCCGAAUUUCCGGCGCCAUUCAACUGCAGCUUCAGCAGGCCGCCCAUGAGUGAUACGGUGGACGCCACGGCGAACUACACGCUACAGCAUGACGAUCGGACUGUCGCCUGCCAGCCGGUUGGGCAAGGCUUACGGAUGCAGUGCAUCGGCCGGCUGAACAAUUUCCAAAAGGCCUUCAAUUUCACAUUGAGACUGCACGACCAAUUGGGUGAGCAAUCCCAGCGAUUCCAGCUGAGGCGCGAGCAGAUGAUCGUGCUGGAGCGGCCGGGAGCCGAUUUCAAUGUGACCAGCCUAAACAGCUCAUCGAUCUGCCUGGAGUGGAGCGCCAAGCGGUCCACAAACCACAUCGGCUACACAAUCGUGUGGUCGAAGCUGCUGCUGAACGACAACAUCAACAACGCGAGCGUCCUUUGGACAGAUGUGAAGCAGGCGACGAACAGGGAGAGCGUCUGCCUCUACCGACUGCCCCAUCCAUAUCAGAACUAUACAAUUGAGCUGCAACGUCGCUACAACUAUUCUGGCGCCCAUUUAAGCCCUAGCUUUGUCUAUAGCUUCUACACGCUUCCAGAGCGGCCGGCACGGCCACCUCGCGUCUGGCCAAACGGCUACCACAUCGAUCCCAGGCAGCCGAACGAGCUGCACAUCUACUGGCAACCUCUCCCACAACUGGAGCACAAUGGUCCACGCUUCACCUACAACGUGACCGUACAAAGAUCCAGUGAUCCGAAUCAAAUCAUUCCUGCCAAAGUGGCCGUCGAUUCGAAUGAAGCCGUUAUCAGCGAUCUGGAACUGAACAGCGAUAGCUUUACGAUAGUCGUGCGCAGUCAGAACUCGUUGGGCAGCUCGCUUAACAGCAGUCGGAUUCGAAUACCCUGGCUGCUCGCGCCGAGACGGGCGCGACGCGUGCCCAAGAACUUGGACACCGGCCGGAGGAUGGGGCAUCUCACCUGGGAUCCCCCGGAGGAGCAGAUGCUGCUGAGCAGCUACACGGUCUACUGGUGCAGCUGGAACAUAACGGACCGUAGCCGCUGUAACGAGGGCCUGGCCAUUGGGUCCGCUGAGGUGGAACGCUGCAGCCAGUGCCAAUAUAAGCCGCCGGCUGGACUGCUCAUCGAUGCCUACAAAUGGGCCGUCUCGGCCAAUUACGAUGGCCGCGAUGCGUUUGGCAGUGGCGGCAUGAGCUGGCUGGAGUGGUACCAUAGGCCACUGAUGACGUCGGUCGUCCAAUCGGACCAUGUGCACAAUAUCCAGGGCAUCAUUGCGCUCAUCAUACUCGGAGGCUUCAUAUAUUUCUUAGUGCGGAAGGUGCGCUAUAUGUCCAACAUUAAAGUGGAUCUGCCCGAGGGGCUGCAGAGUGUGGUGCCGGCGCAAACGGCAGUGGGGCAGGAGCUUCCACUUCUGACCCCACAUAUGCAGCAGGAGCAGCAGCAGCGGGAGGAGCGGCAGAAGGAGCACGAGCAGCAGACGAAUUUGGACGCCCGCAUUCAUUAUCCGCCGGUGCUCUAUGCAAACUUUCGACCCCUGGACACACUGGUGCCCGCUCAGGCCCAGGAUUAUGUCCGCAUAUCAAAACGAGCUGCGGAUCUGGCCAAUCCCUCAGGCUACAUUUGCAUGCAGCCCACUCAGCCAGUCAAAGUCACAGGCUAUGUGAGCCUGCCAUGAUGCAUCUGGAUCACAUCUCUCGCUCUCCCUCUCUGUUCCUUGCAAUACAUGUAUGUAUGUAUGUAUGUCGGAGGCGCUUCAUAUUCCAUCACAUAAUUACGCAUUCUUUUAAGUCAUUUAAGCAGAGAGAUAAAGACAAAUGUUGACUCGUCCACAAAUAUUGAUAAGCAAAUCCAUUUGGGCUAUCGAUAUUUGUGCUCGAGGCUGUGUAUAUAUGUAUGUAUGUAUGUGUAUACUAUAUGACCACUGACCAGCGAACGCAUAGACUAGACAUGUAGUACAAAGUUUUUCAACACCGAAAAAUCGGUCUCCUACUGGGGUGCCAACUUAGCCUUUUACCGGCCAGAUCUGGCCAUUUUCAACUGCCAAUUGCAGGAAAAAUUGUAAUCUAGCUGCUGGCGGGAAAUUUAGCAUUUUUUUUUUUUUUUUUAAAUCAAACCAGCAUUAUUUAAAGUGCCUCCAAAGUACUUGAAUAUUAUUGGCACAAAAAAUUCGUAGACUGCCGAGGAGAAAAUUGAUUUUAUUGAGCUCAAUAAUCGUGUGUCAAUUUUCGAAUAAAAAUAUAAUUCAUGACAAGUAAGAAAGUUCUAGUCGAGACUACUCGAGUACGAGAUCCCCUGAACCCUUGGAGCAAUAGCUAUUUCACUAAAUUGUUAGAGACUCUCCUAGGGCCUAUCAAUUUCGUAUUUGCUCGGCUCAUCACUUUUAGGUUCGGGCUACGAAAAUAUACGAAAGCACAAUCAUUUCACUUCAUACGCUCGACCGAGAUGGUCAAAUGUUGAAUGAAAAAUGCCUCUAUGCUCAGUUUUUGUUCUUGCUCUCUCGCUCUCUCUGCUCCAGUGUUGCCAAAUCAGUUUUUUUCCCGUCAAAUCUGGCUUUUUUGCAAAUCCAAUUGCGGGAAAAAUUACAAAACAGCGGGUAGCGGGAAUUCUGGAUUUUUUAAAAACUAAUUUGCUUUUUUUUUCCGCUAUUUUCUUUACUGAUCAAUUUAUCAUAAUUUGUAGCGAUUUAUCGUAUGUAGAAGUGUUUGUCAUUGCAGUUGAUUUAAAACUAAAGAGUUCAUUAGGUCAAUUUCCUAUGAAUGAACCAAUCGAGUGGAACUAACUAAACUAAAAUAUGAUUUAUAUUUUAUUCAAUAUAACUUAUUUGAGAAUGUAUGCAACUCAUUUGAUAGCAUGUAGUACGAAAAUUUAUGUCUUAACUAAAUAUGUUUUAAUUAAUAGGUUGCCGGCAAAUUUUCAAACAGUGAAAAAUAUUCAUUCGUUUUCUUGAAUAUGUAUAUAUUUUGCGAGUGAACAAAAAUAGUAUGGUUCAAUACUAAAGUUAUUAUAUUCAAAGAACAUUGAAAGUAUUGAACACCAACAUAAGAAUAUUCACCCAAUUGAUCAGUAAAGAAACAAGUAAAAAAGCUAUAGUCGAGACUGCUCGACUACGAGAUCCCCUGGACCCUUCGAGCAAUAGCUAUUUC